AUGGCGCCUGCAUUCAUGGUGUCCGCUCCAGGAAAAGUCAUCGUCUUCGGUGAACAUGCUGCGGUCUAUAACAAGCCAGCCAUUGCCGCAGCCAUAUCGCUGAGAUCCUACCUCCUUGUCACCACCCUCUCCAAGUCCCAGCGCACCGUCACAUUGAAUUUUCGGGACAUUCAUUUGCACCACACUUGGUCAAUCGAUUCUCUGCCGUGGCAUAUCUUCAACCUUCCUUCCAAGAAGCAGUUCUACCACUCUCGUGUCGAGUCUCUCGACCAGGAUUUACUCGCCGCCAUCGAACCGCAUGCUGCAGCUGUUUCUGUGGGCCUCGAAGAGAAGCAGAGGAAAAUGCACGUACGAUCUGCGACCGCUUUUCUCUAUCUCUUCCUUUCCUUGGGCUCCCAGCAAAGUCCCGGAUUCGUUUACACCCUUCGAUCUACGAUUCCAAUUGGUGCCGGCCUGGGUAGCAGUGCUAGCGUUUGCGUUUGUUUGAGCACAGCGCUGCUCCUUCAGAUUCGGGCCCUGGCAGGACCUCAUCCCAACCAGCCUGUGAACGAAGCCAAGGAUCAGAUCGAGCGCAUCAACCGCUGGGCAUUCGUGGGGGAGCUCUGUAGCCACGGAGAUCCUAGCGGGGUGGAUAACACGGUCUCGUCUCAGGGUAAAGCAGUGCUUUUCCGCAAAAACACCAAUGCGCCGUCAUCCGUUACUCCUCUCCUCAAGUUCCCGGCGUUACGAUUCCUUCUCGUCGACACCAAACAACAGCGUUCCACGGCCUCACAGGUGGAAAAGGUGCGAGCGCUGAAAGAAAGCCAGCCUGUGACGAUAGAGUCGGUCUUGGAGGCCAUCGGCAAACUCACCGAAUCGGCAUUGGAUCAUUUCUCCUCUGCAGAUUUUAACGGCAAUGGCGCCGCAGGAGCCAUCGACAGCUUGGGCACCUUGAUUCGCGUAAAUCACGGCUUGCUAGAUGCACUGGGUGUCUCCCACCGCCGCCUAGAGCGUGUCCGCGAGCUCGCAGAUGAUGCAGGUGUCGGUUGGACGAAGCUCACUGGCGCCGGAGGCGGUGGGUGUGCCAUUACACUCCUCCGGCCAGGUGUCGACGAGGAAACGGUGGAAGAACUGGCACAAGAGCUCAGUGAGCAUGGAUUUGAGAAACACGAGGCGAUGCUAGGUGUUGACGGAGUUGGUGUGCUUUGGCCCGCUAUAUUCAGAGACACGUUCAAUGGAGAGAGCGAAGAAAUCGACCAAGAGAAGUUCGAGAGUGUCAUCGGUACUCAUGGUAUCGAGCAAUUGGUUGGCGUAGGGGCACGGGAAGGCUUUGAAGGAUGGAAGUUUUGGACACACAAUGAUUGA